AUGAAAUCCUUUGCCUUAUUCUUUAUCGUUUUAUUCAUAAUCUCUUGUUUGCCUGUGACCAUUCAUUCUCAAGAACCAAAAUCAACCGAAGUUGUUGCAACAACUUCGUCUACUCAAACUGCUCUUAUUCCAGAUGAAGCUACCGAAGUCGUAGCACCGCCUACUUCUGUUACCGUGACAUCUGUAACAAAUACUUUCAGUUCGACCACGACCGGCACAACCACAACAACGGGAACGCACACUGGCACUGGCACUAGCACGUCGUCACCGACAGCAAGUGCCGCGGCCGUACCCAUGAGACAUGAUAUGACUAAUAUUGCGGGUGCUUGUGUUGUUGCCGCUGCCAUCGCUCUUUUCUAA